AUGUCCCUUGUCAACCUCGCCCAUGUUUGCUCCCACAUAACAAAUGCCUCCAAAGCCCGCCUCUCAACAACCUCUGUUCCAUACACCAAGCUCCACCAGAAUGUCCUGCAUGCGUUCCGCCAUACCGGUCUCAUUUCGUCCGUUGUUCUAGGGGGCGCAACUCCCCCACCCCCUCACUUCCUUCUGAACCAACCCUCUGCUGAGGAGCUGGCUGAGAUUUUGGACCCCGUCACAAAAGAGAACAUUGCAUCUCGUCGGUUAUGGGUGGGCCUAAAAUACUGGCAGAGUGAACCGUUAAUUACCAAAAUAUCCCUGAUUAGCAAGCCUACACGCCGUGUCACCCUUGAUCUCCCAUCUCUCCGCCAAAUCGUCAGGGGUAACGAGGCUAGGCACGUUGAUGGACUCCGAUCUCCCGGAGAAUGUAUAUUCCUCUCGACGUCGAAGGGUGUAUUCGAAGCUAGAGAGUGCGUGGAGCGAAGUGUCGGAGGAUAUGCGCUGUGUAGAGUCGUCUAA